UCUUCCCCCUGAGUAGCUGGCCUUUCUCUAAGCCACAAAACUGAGCAAGAAGCUGAAGAAGCAGCUAGACAGAGACAUGUACCUAGCCUUGAGAAUUGGGAGGCGUGGCUCAACUAGUUAGCCCAGCCCAGAGGAAUUGUUACCGUGGGUACUGAACAACCGUAGAAGUAGGGCUACCCCUGGCUUUACUGAAUUAACUAGCUGUGUCUGCUGUCUAGUUGGACCAGAUUUAGCUAGAUAAUGGGGUAGAGAAUAGUUGAGCGGUGCUGUGUGUAGCUUGAACUGUACUGGCUGGCAAGAAUCUAGUAAGCACCCUAUGCACUGAUAACUCGUCAGAAUGGAGGGUAUGUUCUAGGGAUCUGGACAGCUGUACAUCCAAAGGAGCCAGGGAGUGCCAAUCAUCUUCUCCCAGUCUCUGACACGCUAAACAAAAGGAGCUAGAACUGGGAGUCCCAGCUAGAAUUGCUAGCCGGAUCUAGACUAAUAGAAUGACAUGGAGGCGUGGUGAGGCCGGAUCCACACUAAUUGAUCGACCUAAAGACGCUCCUGUUCCAGAUUUCACGAAUGGCAAGGAAAGGGUUAUUGGAGAAAACAUUUUUAUGGUAAGUUAAGUUAGCAACUAAAAUAAACAUUGUUUCAAAGUAAUACGUAUCUCUUCCAAGAAGAAAAGAAGUGAUGCAUUUAGUGACUGGGUCAAUCAACCCUAACCAGUACUGGCUCAACAGUAAGGGCAUGUGGGCGGGCUACAUCACAGGAGUGGCUAUACUUCACUACUCCAUUCUGAGUAUGCCAUUUCUCACUACUGCCAUGGCCUGGACCCUAACACAUGUCAUACACAAUGUGGUUAUGUACAUCAUGUUCCAUUAUCUGAAGGGCACUCCCUAUGCCACGGGGGACCAGAGUGACUCACGACGUCUCACCAACUGGGAGCAGAUUGAUGAUGGAGACCAACUCACUUCCACUAGGAUCUUCCUGACCUCUGUACCUGUUGUCCUGUUUACUCUGGCUAGUGUGUUCACUGCUGGGAACACCCCUCAUACCAUCGUCAACAUGACUGUACUCAUGAUCGGGGUUAUUCCCAAGCUGCCUCUACUGCACAAGUUCAGAUUGUUUGGCAUUAACAAGUACUGACUCAUAAUUAUUAUCAGCUACUGCCAAACUGUGUGUAUUUAAUUAUGAACUGUAUAAUUAUUUAUAUAGCUGCUGUGUUUACAUCACCACCUGUAUCCCGUUGCACUCACUUUAUUAUUGCAAUCUUCAAUAAAAAAUAACUAUUAUCAA